AUGAUAACAAGCAUCGACCAGCGUCAGAGUAUUUUCAGGAAUUUAAUGGCGAUGAAGAAUGCUCGCAGAAAUCCAAAAAGAAGGUUCUGGAUCAGGCCAGGGCGAACGGAUGGUUGGUGGCAAAACUUUGUAGACAAUGUUGUUGUACCAGAAGAAUGGAGAGAGAACUUUCGCAUGAGUAAGAACAGUUUUCUUCUACUGUGUAACAAGCUAAGGCCUUUCUUGGAAAAACAAACUACAAAUAUGCGCCAGUCUAUAUCUGUAGAAAAACAACUAGCAGUCACAUUAUAUUACUUGGUCGACGAGGGCAGAUAUAGAAAAGUUGCUAAUGCUUUUGGCAUUUCAAGAUCAGCUGUUUCAAAAGUGGUUAGAAAAGUAUGCCAUGUUAUAACAAAUGAACUAGGACCAACAUACAUCAAGACACCUCAAACUGAAGAUGAAGUACAGUUUCUUACUGAAAAUUUCUAUAUGCAUCAUGGUUUUCCUCAAUGUUUGGGUGCAGUAGAUGGAACCCAUGUAUUUAUUCGUCAGCCUUCAAAAAACCCAACUGACUUUUUAAACAGAAAAAACAGAUAUUCCUUGAAUGUCCAGGCAACCUGUGACUAUCGGUAUUGCUUUAUAGAUGUUGUAGUAAAAUGGCCUGGUUGUGUGCAUGAUGCACGAAUCUUUGCUAAUUCUGCAAUAAACAAAAUGUUACAAAAUGGUGAUAUUCCACCAUGUCAGAAAGAAAUCGUUGAAGGUCAUGACAGUGUCCCUGUCUGUCUCCUUGGUGACCCAGCAUAUCCACUUCAGCCAUAUCUCAUCAAAGAAUAUGCCAAUGGAGGUAAAACAAUUGAUGAGCAAUUUUUUUGUCAUCGUCUCUCGUCUGCAAGAAUGGUAAUCGAAUGUGCUUUUGGCAGACUCAAAGCAAGAUUUGGAGCACUACGUCGAGAAAUGGACAUAUGUCAGACCAGUCUGUCAGAUGUGAUAUACAGCUGCUUUGUACUACACAAUUUUUGUGAACUUCAUAAAGAAAGAGUGCCUGAGGAACACAUAAAAGCCGCUAUGAAUUAUGAUAGAGAUUUUCAGCCAAACUCUAGUGGAAAAAGAAACAAUUCAGGAGAAUCAGAAGGCAAAAAAGUCAGAGACAUGUUCAAAUUAUACUUUAACAACAACUGA